AUGAUAUACGACCUCAAUGUCCCAUGGACAUCAUCAACCCCGCCAGCUACCCUCUCCCGCACAAUCAACUUCCUCAACUCAUUAGGCUAUGAGACUAUCGCGCUUUCACACUUCUUGAACGCUUCCUCUCUCCCCUCCCAAAUUACCAAUCCAAUCCCUCUCAGUAUUCCAACACCUCCAAACACCACCAUACUACGAAGAUGCACGCUCAUCCUUUCCGACCCAGCGCAGAAUCCACGGCUCACAGCUCUUGCUCAGGCAUUCGAUAUCCUAGCCCUACGACCUACAACUGAGAAAGCAUACUUGAGUGCUUGUAAUACGAUGCCUGAGAUAAGCAUUCUAAGUUUAGAUCUUACACAGAAAUUCAGCUGGCAUUUCAAGCCGAAGCCAUUGAUGACUGCGGUUACGAGGGGGGUCAGGAUAGAGCUGAAUUAUGCACAAGCGACUUCAGGAGAUUCUGCAGCUAGGAGGAAUUUCAUAAGUAAUGCGAUGGCGAUCAUAAGGGGUACACGAGGGAGAGGGUUGAUUAUUAGCAGCGAAGCGCAAGACGUUCUUGGGGUUAGGGCACCGGCUGACGUGGUAAACUUAUUAAGUAUUUGGGGCUUGGGGAGUGAAAGAGGCGUGGAAUCAAUGAGUGGGAAUCCCAGAAGCGUGGUUGUUAAUGAAGGUAUCAAGAGGAGAGGCUUCAGAGGGGUUGUUGAUGUUGUUUAUGGUGGAGAGAGACCUGCUUCCGCAAGCAAGGCGAAGGAAAAUGCAAAUGGAAAUGGGGAAGGUAAGAAAGGAAAAGGCAAACGUAAAGUCGAAAAUGGCACACCGGAAAGUACACCGCCUCUGAGCAAGACGCAGGCAAAGAAACGACGUCUCGAAGCUUUAAAAGCGUCAAAAGAAUCAUCUGCUACACCAACACCUAGAGAUACCCCGGAUGCCGCAUCAGACAGCACUCCAAAAUCAAAAGCGCAUGAUUAA